AUGGAUUGCACAGAUGCAUACCGUACAUAUAUAGUCGAGUGGAUAAGGGAUUUGCAAGUAAUCCACCCCCAUGCAAACCAUUGGACCAAUGGUCAUAUGGCAUUGCACGUCUGGGACUACCUGCAACUCUUCGGACCCGUGCGGUCAUGGUGGUGCUUCCCAUAUGAGUGCCUCAUUGGGCAGCUACAGCGGUUGCCUAGCAAUCACAUUUUUGGUAAUAUUUGA